ACUGUUGUCCUCUAACAUCUUAUGUGAGCAACCACAAGAAAAAUACCACUGCAGAACUAUUAAAGCGAAGGUCUUUAAAGGAGAGAGCUGUUGUCCAGCCAUGUUUCUGUCUUGGAAGGCCAUGUCCAAGUCGCUGAAGAAGAUCGUGGAGGAGAGCCGGGAGAAGAACCAGCCCGAGGUGGACAUGUGCGACCGCGGCAUCUCCAACAUGCUGGACGUGCCCGGCCUGUUUACGUUGUCUCACAUCACACAGCUGGUUUUGAGUCACAACAAGCUUACAACUGUACCAGCAAACAUCGCAGACCUGAGAAACAUAGAAGUGCUCAACUUUUUCAACAACCAGAUUGAGGAGCUGCCUACACAGAUUAGCAGCCUUCAGAAGCUCAAACACCUGAAUCUUGGCAUGAACAGAUUAAAUACCUUGCCAAGGGGGUUUGGAUCUUUACCAGCACUGGAGGUUCUUGACUUGACUUACAACAACUUAAACGAAAAUUCUCUACCUGGAAACUUCUUCUAUCUGACCACCCUGCGUGCACUCUAUCUAAGUGACAACGAUUUUGAAAUCCUGCCGCCAGAUAUUGGGAAGCUCACAAAGUUGCAGAUACUGAGUCUUAGAGACAAUGACCUGAUAUCACUGCCUAAAGAAAUUGGGGAGCUCACUCAGCUUAAGGAACUUCAUAUCCAGGGAAAUCGCCUUACCGUGCUGCCCCCAGAACUAGGUAAUUUGGAUUUGACUGGUCAAAAGCAAGUCUUCAAAGCAGAGAACAAUCCUUGGGUGACCCCUAUAGCUGACCAGUUCCAGCUGGGAGUGUCUCAUGUUUUUGAGUACAUUCGAUCAGAAACAUACAAAUAGUGAGUUUCUCUGAGAUGCUACAUGUCCUGCGCAGAUGAUGUCAUUAUACAUUAAACUUCCUUCCAAAGAAGGCAGGAAGCAAGAUCCAAUAUAGCUAAGAAGUAAACAAGAGUUUACAAACCUAUUUCACACAUUUCUGUCACGUACCAGUAAAAAAUUUGUAAUUAACCAAUAAAAAGUAUUUUAUCAGCUUGAUGGAGGAAAAAGACUAUAAAAAUGUAAUUUACAUUUGGUUUUGUUGUAUCAAGGCAUGGUACUAUGUACUUUAUAUGAAAAUACUGAUUUGUAUUCUAACCAUAUAUAUUUAUUGGCUGUAUUUUAAAAAUCAAUAAAUAUAUUAGUACAUUAUUUCUAGCAGAGACAGUAGAUGACUAAGAGUCCUGACAUCUCUGGACAACAUUUACAUGCAAAUCUGUAACUCUUCCCCAAGGCAAAGUGGAACCCAUGUUGAAAGACAAACAAGAAAAACAGUAUCUGUAUAAAUUUGUGUUUAUAUAUUGCUAAGAUGGAUAUGUAAUAAAAAUGAAGCUAUCACUGA